AUUCGUUCCUGUUCUCACUUCACUGCACUCAUGUAUAUAAAUACACACAUAUUACGUUGAACAGUCGUCAUAAUUGUACACCAGCAAUGAACGCAAUCAAGGUACUCUUCAUUUGCAUGUGUUUAUACACGAUACUAAACGAGAUCGAGGCUGACACAAAAGAUGAUGCCACUACACCAAAAAGUGUAGCAUCAAAGAAAAUUUCCAAACCAAUUGGGAAGCCGUCAAAACCAGGGAGACGAUUAGGACAGGGUAGGAAGACGUCGUCGACAAACGAAUCAGUAGUAGCGACCAAAGUUGAGAAGCCGCAAGCUGAUCAGGGUGGAAUCAUACUGGACCUGAUUGCUUCACUGCUUUAGAAUGUAUGAUGAAGG